UGUUUAUGUUGUCUUCUUAUUUUAAUUAACAAUGAUUGCAUUGGAUAAUACGACAAAAAUCGGAAAAUCACCGAAAAAACAAAUGGUGGAGUUAGGAGAAGACAGUGAUGAUAAUGAAAGCACUAGCGAUGAAGAUUUAUUAGAAUCAGACAUACAAGAAUUAGAAAGUGCAAGCAAAGGAUUGAAAGAAGUAAAAUUUAAAAAAAUGCAUAUGGAAAAGGAAACGGAAAAUGAUAAAUUUAAUAGUCAUAAAACUGAAACUGGAGGAAAUCCUGGUUGGGCAGAUGUUAUGCAAAAAAUUCUGAAGACUAAAAAACCAAAACAUAAAAAAGCAAUAGUUUUAUCAAAAGCAAAAAAGUUAUGUGAUGUAAAAAAGAAAGAAAAUGAAGGAAAUCUAUCUUUUGAAAUUGAGAAAGUAAAGGAAGAAAUAAAAACAGAGAAAGUAGAAGAAAUUACAGAUAAUGUUCAAGAAUCAAUUACACGAUUAAAAGAAAGGAGAAAAGAUAAUUUGGGUAUUAGAGUAAAACCAACUAUAAUGGAUAGAGAACAUGAAAGAAUAUUACAAAAAAUUGCUACAAAAGGUGUAGUACAGUUAUUUAAUGCAGUUAAACAACAACAAGGUGAGAUUAAUAAAAAAUUAUCAGAAGCUGGCCCAUUAGAAAGAAAGCGUGAACAAGUACUUAAAAAUAUUGAUAAAAGUGUAUUCUUGGAUGUGCUCAUGGGAGGAAGUAAAAGUAUUCCAGCAAGUAAUGAUACAAAAACUGAAAUACAAGAUAAUGAAAAAAAUAGGGAA